AUGAAAUUAACUGGUCUCUUUGUCGCUCUCUGUGCUGCCUCCUCGGUCUACGGUACUACUGUCAAGCUCUACACUAGUCCCGACUUUAAAAACAAGUGUGGUGAAGUCAGUGGUGGUUGGGUUUCUGGUCAUGAGUAUCACAAUGUCCCCUCUGCUUGUAAGGACAAGGUCCAAAGUUUUGAAGUCUCUGUCAGUGCUAUUGAUUAUGGCGUUCGUUUGUGGUCCAAGGUUAAGCCAUCAGGUGAAGUUAUGUGCGGCGGUUCAGAGGCUGGAUUUACUACAGAAGAUUGGAGAAGACCUAGUAUUUCUAGCACCUGGAACAAGAAGAUUAACUGUAUCGAGUUUAUCGGUUAA